AUGAAAGCUGCCCUAACUUCCAUCAUUCUGUCAAGUCUGGCUGUCCUCGCCCAAGCAGGGCGCUUCCAGUGCGCAGGAACCAACGGCAACACACUGCGAUAUGAGCCCUCCGGAACUCUGACGGCCACCUUGACGAUAAACGCCUGUAAAACGGUAAAGGGGAAUAUCGACCCUCAGUUUCAGUUGAAAGGCAAUCUUAAGUGCUGCGUCACCGACAACUUUGAAAAUUUCAAGAAUGCUUGUGAAAAACCGAAAUUACCAGCUGGUUACCCUGGCUACCUUCCUGCUGCUCAAGCUUGCUAG